AGACUUAUGAUGGAUUUAUGCCAUCAAGACUCAGUUACUUGAUGGCAUCAAAUUGCUUUAUACUUGGUAUAUAGCUUAUUUUUAAGGUUAAUACCUAUUUGCAUUAGAUUCCUCAUGUGUAAGGUGGGGAAUUCACAACAGCCCUAUGUGGUAGGUACUGUUCUUAUCCUCACUUUACAGAGGAGCAAACUAAAGCAGAGAGAUUAAAUAAUUUGUUCGAGGUUCACAGCUACUAAUUAUUCCUAUGGUUCAUGGAAAUAAAACUAUAAAGAUCUAAAUGUUGCCCAUGAUAACUACAAUUAUAUUUGAAAUUCUUUUUGCCAAGCUAGACUAUUACCUAAAUAUUUCCUUUUUGCCCAAAACUCAGUUAGCAUUGUUGAAAGACUAAUGUGAUUUCUCCUUUGGGCAGUUGUCUGCUCACUAACGUCCGGCGAUAUUAACGGUGUUGUUGUAACCUUACAUAGUCUCGGGGUGCAUACAGGCAGAGUUGGGAAUAUUACAUCCAUUAUCAUUCCACAAAAUGUAAGAUCCUGUGAGGACGCGUGGUGGCGCUGCAGGAUAAGAAGGCACAAACCAGAACCGCAGCUGCAGCUCCAUUAACCGGCAAAAAGCAGCAGAACCUGGAAGUCCACGGGGAGCUUGGAUGCCAAAGAGAGAACAGCUGGGUCCUCUGGAGAGGACUAUUCACUGGAAUAUUUCUGAGGUAUCUGUGGAAUAACCACAGCCUCAGAUACUGGGGACUUUACAGUCCCACAGAACCGUCCUCCCAGGAAGCUGAAUCCAGCAAGAACAAUGGAGGCCAGCGGGAAGCUCAUUUGCAGACAAAGGCAAGUCCUUUUUUCCUUUCUCCUUUUGGGCUUAUCUCUGGCGGGCGCGGCGGAACCUAGAAGCUAUUCUGUGGUGGAGGAAACUGAGGGCAGCUCCUUUGUCACCAAUUUAGCAAAGGACCUGGGUCUGGAGCAGAGGGAAUUCUCCAGGCGGGGGGUUAGGGUUGUUUCCAGAGGGAACAAACUACAUUUGCAGCUCAAUCAGGAGACCGGGGAUUUGUUGCUAAAUGAGAAAUUGGACCGUGAGGAUCUGUGCGGUCACACAGAGCCCUGUGUGCUACGUUUCCAAGUGUUGCUAGAGAGUCCCUUCGAGUUUUUUCAAGCUGAGCUGCAAGUAAUAGACAUAAACGACCACUCUCCAGUAUUUCUGGACAAACAAAUGUUGGUGAAAGUGUCAGAGAGCAGUCCUCCUGGGACUGCGUUUCCUCUGAAGAAUGCCGAAGACUUAGAUGUAGGCCAAAACAAUAUUGAGAACUAUAUAAUCAGCCCCAACUCCUAUUUUCGGGUCCUCACCCGCAAACGCAGUGAUGGCAGGAAAUACCCACAGCUGGUGCUGGACAAAGCGCUGGACCGAGAGGAAGAAGCUGAGCUCAGGUUAACACUCACAGCACUGGAUGGUGGCUCUCCGCCCAGAUCUGGCACUGCUCAGGUCUACAUCGAAGUCCUGGAUGUCAACGAUAAUGCCCCUGAAUUUGAGCAGCCUUUCUAUAGAGUGCAGAUCUCUGAGGACAGUCCGGUAGGCUUCCUGGUUGUGAAGGUCUCUGCCACGGAUGUAGACAUAGGAGUCAACGGAGAGAUUUCCUAUUCACUUUUCCAAGCUUCAGAAGAGAUUGGCAAAACCUUUAAGAUCAAUCCCUUGACAGGAGAAAUUGAACUAAAAAAACAACUCGAUUUCGAAAAACUUCAGUCCUAUGAAGUCAAUAUUGAGGCAAGAGAUGCUGGAACCUUUUCUGGAAAAUGCACCGUUCUGAUUCAAGUGAUAGAUGUGAACGACCAUGCCCCAGAAGUUACCAUGUCUGCAUUUACCAGCCCAAUACCUGAGAACGCGCCUGAAACUGUGGUUGCGCUUUUCAGUGUUUCAGAUCUUGAUUCAGGAGAAAAUGGGAAAAUUAGUUGCUCCAUUCAGGAGGACCUACCCUUCCUCCUGAAAUCCGCGGAAAACUUUUACACCCUACUAACGGAGAGACCACUAGACAGAGAAAGCAGAGCGGAAUACAACAUCACUAUCACUGUCACUGACUUGGGGACCCCUAUGCUGAUAACACAGCUCAAUAUGACCGUGCUGAUCGCCGAUGUCAAUGACAACGCUCCCGCCUUCACCCAAACCUCCUACACCCUGUUCGUCCGCGAGAACAACAGCCCCGCCCUGCACAUCGGCAGUGUCAGCGCCACAGACAGAGACUCAGGCACCAACGCCCAGGUCACCUACUCGCUGCUGCCGCCCCAGGACCCGCACCUGCCCCUCACCUCCCUGGUCUCCAUCAACGCGGACAACGGCCACCUGUUCGCCCUCCGGUCUCUGGACUACGAGGCCCUGCAGGGGUUCCAGUUCCGCGUGGGCGCUUCAGACCACGGAUCCCCGGCGCUGAGCAGCGAGGCGCUGGUGCGCGUGCUGGUGCUGGACGCCAACGACAACUCGCCCUUCGUGCUGUACCCGCUGCAGAACGGCUCCGCGCCCUGCACCGAGCUGGUGCCCCGGGCGGCCGAGCCGGGCUACCUGGUGACCAAGGUGGUGGCGGUGGACGGCGACUCGGGCCAGAACGCCUGGCUGUCGUACCAGCUGCUCAAGGCCACGGAGCCCGGACUGUUCGGCGUGUGGGCGCACAAUGGCGAGGUGCGCACCGCCAGGCUGCUGAGCGAGCGCGACGCGGCCAAGCACAGGCUGGUGGUGCUGGUCAAGGACAAUGGCGAGCCUCCGCGCUCGGCCACCGCCACGCUGCAAGUGCUCCUGGUGGAUGGCUUCUCCCAGCCCUACCUGCCUCUCCCGGAGGCGGCCCCGACCCAGGCCCAGGCCGACUCUCUCACCGUCUACCUGGUGGUGGCGUUGGCCUCGGUGUCUUCGCUCUUCCUCUUUUCGGUGCUCCUGUUCAUGGCGGUGCGGCUGUGCAGGAGGAGCAGUGCGGCCUCGGUGGGUCGCUGCUUGGUGCCCGAGGGCCCCCUUCCAGGGCAUCUGGUGGACAUGAGCGGCACCGGGACCCUAUCCCAGAGCUACCAGUAUGAGAGACAGGGUCUUAGUCACCUACGCUGGAGUGCAGUGGUGCAAUCAUAGCUCACUGAAGCCUUGACCUCCUGGGCUCAAGCAAUCCUCCUGCCGCAGCAUCCCAAGUAGCCGGGACCACAGGCACAUGCCACCACCCCCAGCUAUUUUUGUUUGUUUGUUUAUUUUUUGUUUUGUUUUGUUUUUGAGGCAGAGUCUCACUCUGUCACCCAGGCUGGAGUGCAGUGGCGCGAUCUCGGCUCACUGCAAGCUCCGCCUCCUGGGUUCCCGCCAUUCUCCUGCCUCAGUCUCCCGAGUAGCACCCCCAGCUAUUUUAAAAAAAAUUUUGUAGAGAUGGGUUCUCAUCAUGUCGCCCAGGCUGUUGAACUUCUGGCCUCCAAAGGUGGGAGUUAUUCUAGCAGUUUCCCUGUGAUCUUCUCAUAUCUACUGGUGGAGUGGGAAAGAGUAGUUCAAACAACUCAGACAGAAAAUCUCGCUGGUGCAACAGUGGAGAGAAGGGCCAAGUACUUGUCCUGUUACUUCCAGUUUUUCUAGAUAUAUGAGCAGCAGGACUCCUCUCUUCAUAAAAAGAACUAUGAGUUUCCUGGCUCUAAUGAAGAGUGACCAGGCAUUCAGGAGCUCAAAUGCCCAGAUACAUAUAACCAACCAAUUCUCCUAGAAUGCAUUGCUAAAAACGAAUUUUGCUUAUAUGCUUCAAAGACCUCAUUUAUAGUUAUACUUAAAACAUUGCAUAGGAAUCAAGCUGUAUCAGCCAAUUUUAUAUGAAAGAACUAUAGGUUGUAAGUAACUUAGAACAUAAUUUUAUAUCUAGCGGGGGUUAAAGGACACUUAGAAAAUAGAGACACAAGAGAUGGCCCAGCCUUACAGAAUGGAUUCUCCUGAAAAUGCUUACAAUAAAAACCAAAUAACAGUACUUUUUUUUUGAUUUAGGCAAUAGUAUGGGAGGGAAAAGGGACAUAGGACAUUUUAUCUUACGAACACAUUGUUCUCUUUAUCUUUCUGUUUCAAGUUCUACCACCACUCCUGGGUCCACUGAUUAAUCUAACAACAUGGCCUCUCAGUCCCUAAGUCUUUACCUCUACUCCUGUUAUUCAGUCAUUAAUGCCCUGGCUACAUAUUGUACUUUUUCCCCACCAAGAAACUGUUCUAUGAUAUAAUAAUUUCAGCUAUCUCCCUCUGAGUGCACAAUUGUCUAUGCCUAUAACUUUCUCAUUCUGCUGUUUCUAUCACAUCUUGUCUUUGACCUUAUCAGAGCUCCAUUCCAUGAUGCUGUUACUACCUAUCAAACGCUCCUGUUUUAAUUUCCUUCCUAUUCAGCUGAUUACCUGGUUUACCACUCCCAGUUGCUCUCAUGCCCAUAUUCUCAAUUCCCUUGUUCAAUUUUCCUUCACUAAAACCACCUGAUGAAACUCCAGCCCAGAUGAAUAUAGUCCUCCUCCUCUCUUACACAUGGGGUGUUGCACUCUAUAAGACCAAACUUACAAAAUUAGCAAUACCACUGCCACUAUAAAUGUAUAAUAUUCAAACCUAAUUGGGCUUCUGAGACCAAUAACUCAUUUUAUAAUUUUUCUAACGAGCUUUCUCUUCUACACUCCACAACAACUAUUUUAAACCUACGUAUCUUACUUUAAACUUCUUACCCUACCACUUAGAUACCUCCUUUUAUCCGAUGAACUUGCCUGAUACCUUAUUGAGAAAAUAGAAUCCAUCAGCUAGAAAUUCAUUUUCCUGUCCCCUACUCCACAGCUUUAACAGCAUCUGUAUCUAUACUUUUCACCUGCUGAGGUCCGUUCCACUGGUCUAAAUCCAAACCCUUCAUACAUUGCCUGGAUCCCAUCUUUAACAACCUUUCUAGGGGACUUGCAUUAUCCCUUCUGUAUCUUAAUUUUCUCCUUCCCUACUGAACAUUACACAUUGGCAUUUUAAAUAUAUUCAAGUUUCUCUAGUCUUUAAAAUACUCUCUGAGUCUGAAUUCUUCUCCAGAUACCAAUGUAUUUCUUAUUCCUUUUACAGCCUUUUCAUUCUUUACAAAUUUCUUGAGAGCCUGGAUGCAGUGAGCCAGUGAGCCUGGGUGACAGACUGAGACCCUGUCUCAAAAAAAAAAAAUUGUUGAAAGAGCGGUUUACCUCAUUUUUGCUUCCUCAUCCGUCUCACUUUGCACCGAAGUACAAUCUAAUUUUCAUCACAACCAUUCUACUGAAACUGCUAUUGCAAAUGUUAUCAAAUAUUUCCAUAUAAGUUAAGAUUAUACUGUGGAACCAAUGUGAUGCAAUGACACAGUGGCUUGUAAACAUGUCUCUCUUUUUCACAUGACAGUACCAAUGUAAAAAUUAUUAGGUAGGUAGGGCAGCUUUCAUCCUCACAGUCCUUCUGAAACCAAAUUUUCUUUCAAGUAAUUUCUUCAACAUUCCCUAUGGCAAUAUAAUCUGCAUGGCUGUAGCUGGGUCACUGUCACAUCUGGGUUCUAGCUCGCUUGGAAGAAAGAGGCAUAUCCAGAUGAUUUCUGUUCUAUAACUGGAAGGGGAAGACAGAAAUUCUGCUCACAAUCCAUCUGUGAGAACUUAAUUCACUUGGCCACACUCAAAUACAAGCGAGGCUGGGAUGGGCAAUCUACCUUCAUGGCCACAUACCUGGAUACAGUUCUAUUUCUAUAGAAGCAAAGGAAAACAGAUUUUGUCAGACAUCUAUCAGAAUCCUCCACAAUGACCAUCUUUUUAAGCCCAUUGGAUAAUUGUCAUACUUAUUUUUCUUGAUUUUUCUGAAGCAUUUGCAGCCAUUGAUCUUCCUUAUCUCCUUCAAAUACUCUUUGCUUUUGAUUUCAUGAUUUUGAACUCUGAGCCUUCUUUAUCUUUUCAAAUAUACUUCUUGCCCUGUCUCCUCUAAAUGAAGAUGUUUCUCAGAGUUCUGUGCCAAGCCUCUUUUAUACUUAUUUGACACACUUUUGCUUGGUU